CAUCCAAGUUCCCUGUUUGGCCCAAAGUGUACUUUAAGAUCAGCUUCAGUUAGUUGCCUUUUAACAUCACUGAACUUUACUCUUGAGGUGCAUGCUUUGCUUUCUGUAAGAAGGGGAUGGCAAAAGGGGUCUUCUGCUUCAGGGAUUUGCUUCCUUUUGGGGCCAUGGUCCUCAUGGAGUGCCUCAACGUUGCCUUGAACACUCUCUUCAAAGCAGCCACCUUGAGAGGGAUGAGUUACCAUGUCUUUGUUGUUUAUGCCUAUGCUGUUGCUGCUAUUGUUCUCCUUCCUGCACCCUUUAUCUCCAAAAGAUCAAGAGUGCUUCCUCCACUCAGUUUUCCCAUACUACGCAAAAUUGGUCUUCUUGGGCUAAUAGGGUGUGCAUCUCAGAUCAUGGGAUACACAGGAAUCAGUUUCAGUUCCCCCACUCUCUCCUCGGCGAUUAGCAACUUGGUGCCCGCUUUUACUUUUUUGCUUGCCAUCAUUUUCAGGAUGGAAAAGGUGGUUGUAAGAAAUGCAAGUAGUCAAGCCAAGGUGUUGGGUACCAUAGUAUCAAUAACAGGAGCAUUUGUAGUGACUCUCUACAAAGGACCUCCAAUCAACAUUGUUCAUAAACAUUCCUUGUCACUUCAUCAACUAAUCAACAGUAUCAAUUCGGUUGAUCGAAGUUGGAUAAUUGGUGGUCUUCUUCUGACAGCAGAAUAUAUACUGGUUCCAUUAUGGUACAUUGUACAGGUGCAAAUCAUGAAGGUGUACCCAAAUGAACUAACUGUGAUCUUCUUUUACAAUUUAAGUGUAAGCAUCAUGGCUGCAAUCGUAGGUAUAUUUACAGAGACAAAUGCAAGCGCUUGGAAAAUAGGACUAGACACAGCAUUGGCUUCUAUAGUUUGCUCUGGAAUUUUUGGAUCAUUUGUGAACAAUGCAGUUCACACGUGGGUACUACGUAUAAAGGGGCCUGUCUAUGUGGCAAUGUUCAAGCCACUCUCAAUUGCCAUAGCUGUUGCCUUGGGAGUCAUGUUCCUGGGCGAUACCCUCCACCUUGGAAGUCUAGUGGGAGCCACGAUUAUAUCGAUUGGAUUUUAUACUGUAAUGUGGGGCAAAGCGACAGAAGAGGGGGACAAAGAUGUCUCCGACCAGCAAUCACCAACCACGGAGAACGUUCCUCUCUUGCAAAGCUACAAAACUGAUUCAACUGAAAACAAAAUGCACGCAAGUGUAUAAAAGACAAAUAAAACUGUUCAUAAAACUUAAGAUCAUAGAAAAUCACACAAAGCAAAGCAAAUACAACUUUGUGGAUCAAAAGGAUGGUUUUGUUGUCCCCCAAGUCCACUCCUAGAGGACAGCAUAUGUAAGAAACAGUUCAACUAAAUAAGAAGUCUUCUUUAACCAAGACAAGUAAUUAAGAAACAUAAACGAAACUUUCUAGAUUAAGGAGCAACCAAUCUGCAAGUUGGUGUCAAACAUUCACAAAGGCGACUAUAUUAUGACAAGAGAGCAACUUCCCUGUCUCUUGUAACCAGCCACAUGAAGAUUCUGUAACAUCCCUAUUUUUUUUUUUUUGUUCUCCUGCUAAUUAGGAGCUUUUACUUUUCUACAAACUUUAGUCUGUUGAGUUGACUAUGAAACUAAUUCUGGGUGUAAAUCAUAAAGCAAUGUUGCAAAUCAUAAGUUGAUAAUUUAUCAAGAAUCA